AUGAAGAGUGCCGGGACACCAAGAAAUGCAAGUGACCCAUUACAACUCUCUUUCACUCCUGAGGAUUCGAAUUCCACGAUUUAUGUGUACAUGCACUUUGCGGAACUUGAAGUUCUCCCAGCCAAUCAGUCAAGAAGAUUCAAUAGUUCUUUGAACCGAGAUUUAAAUGGAAAUUUCUCGUCUGACCCUGUUUCUCCAUCUUACUUGUACAUGACCACUUUUUACAAUCCGUCAGACUUUAUCGGAGGACAAUGUGAUAUUUUAAUCACUAGAACUGAAGAUUCAACCCUCCCUCCAAUUAUCAAUGGUGUCAAAUUUUAUUUAGUGAAAGAUUUCGCACAGUCAGAAACCAACCAAGUAGAUGCUGAUGCUAUCAAGAAUAUCAAGUCAUUGUCUAAGAUAAAAGAUUGGCAAGGAGAUCCGUGUGCCCCUCAAGAAUACUUGUGGGAUGGCCUUGAUUGCAGCUUCAAUGGUAGCAGUCCUCCAAGAAUUAUUUCCCUGAGUUUAUCUUCAAACGGACUGACUGGUGAGAUACCUCCUUACAUAUCCAAUCUUACAAUGAUACAACACCUGGACUUAUCAAACAAUAAUUUGACUGGAUCAGUGCCCGAGUUUCUGUCUCAACUGCCAUUCUUGAAGACCUUAAACUUAAGUGGAAAUAUUGCUCACAGUGUGGAAGGCAAUCCAAAUCUUUGCGCAUCAGUUUCAUGCGGCAAGAAAAGGAAGAAGAAGAAAUUACUUGUUCCAGUUGUAGCAUCAUUUGCUUCCUUGUUCACACUAUUAGCUGCAUUGGCUCUUUUCUGGAGACUUAAAAGUCCAAAACAAGCAAAGGAGUCAGGAGGAACGUCUAAGAAAUCAUAUGGGUCAAUGGCAAAGAGCAGGCGAUUUACAUACGCUGAGCUCUGUAUGAUUACCAACAACUUCAAAAAGGAACUCGGUGAAAGUCGCUGGAAAGAUCAAGUCUCUCUCAGUUUCACCAUGUCCAUUCAAUACUCUUUACCUAGCAAAAGAAAGAGUCCAUAUGAGAAGGUCAAUCAUAAUUCCAAGUCAUCAAAAAAGAUAUCAAUUCUGAGUUCCCAAAUGCCAACUCUAGUUGAUGAUAGUGACCAAUUGCAAUUCUCAGUUGAUGAAGGGUUUAGAACAUUUUGCAGCACUAUUCAACUGUUGUUCAAGGUUGUCUCUAGGAGAAAUAUUAGGAAGGAUAUUAUGGAGAUUUAUGAGGUUGAAAAGGAGAAGACAAUGAAGUUGUUAAACAAGAAUUUGGGUAGAAUUGCUAUAACUUCUAAUUUAUAG